AUGACCUCUACCACCUCAUACAUGUCCUUCGAUGAGAAGCGUGACUACGAAGCCCGCCGUAACCGCAAAAGCCGCUCCUCCUCCUCCGUCUCCACAUCCUCCUUCUGUUCCUCAAAAUCUGGCUACAGCAGCUGCAGCGACGACUACAUCACCCAAUACCAAAACCACACCAUCUCCGAGAAGCCACUGCCCUCUCUCCCCCGCCGAGUCCAAUUCGUUGAGUCCAAAACCCUACCAGCCCUCCCCGCCAGCGAGGAUGGAGCACGCAAGCGCUCUCGCUCCAGCGCCAGCGCCGGCGAGGAAGCGUGGUGGGCACAGCGAAAGGAUCACGUCACUUCGGGACGUCAGGGUCACCAUCAUUCGGAGAAGGAAACAUAUGGGGAGCAUGUCCGACGCCGCUGA